UUAUAGUCUAUGGUUUAUUUCGUACUUUAAUUUGUUUGGUCAAUACUCGAAAUUUCAUAAAAAUAUAUCAUGUUUAAAACAGUGAUUCGAGCUAUUAUACCAUCAAAAGUGUCAAAUGAAAUAUCAACGAAAAUAACGUGUAACAUUUUAUUACGAAACCUUUCUGUUUAUUAUAAAAAUAAUUUCAGAGGUUAUGGUAGUGUAUAUUCUACAAAAUACAUAAAUAGAAAUAAUAAUUUGUUAUAUCAUGUACCCCUUUUUUUCUGUAGUUCAAACGUUGAUCAUAUGAACUUAGACAAAAGUCUUACUCUUGUAGAGUUUGAAAAAAUUUCAGAUGCAACUCUUGAAUCCUUGACUGAAUAUUUUGACGAAUUGAUAGAAGAAGCUGUAGAAUUAGAAGAUUCAGAUGUUUCUUACGGAGACGGAGUACUGACCGUGAAAUUUGGCAAUCCAUAUGGCACAUACGUUAUAAAUAGGCAGACUCCAAACAGGCAAAUUUGGCUUUCUUCCCCAACGUCUGGACCAAAACGUUAUGAUUUUGUAAAGGAUAAUUUGAUGAACAUAUAAAACAAAUCUAAAUAUAACAGCCAUGGAGAUUAUGGAAGAUGGGAGCUUAGUAGAUCGUGUUAGAAUUUUAUUGCAACGGGACAUGCAAUAUUAUCAGGAGAUGCAGACCGUGCUAAAAGAAGCUUUGUGUGUUCGGGUUAGCGGUGGAAAGCUUGAUUUUCCAAGGCAUGCUUCAUUCGCAGCAAUUAAGAUCGUUAUGUGGUGGGAAGCUGAAUUUCUGAUCACGUUUAAACGGUCUUCAGGAUUAAGUACCGUUAAAUGCAAAAAUUCAACCGAACUCGAGGCAAACGAUGGUGUCGUUAAAAACGUUCAACCAUCUGAAUUUAUACUUAUGGUCGUCGACACGGCCGAUCAAUUACUCGAACACUUGCAUACGUUAAUACAGGAAUGUUUAGAUCAUGCAGAUUUGACUGUUCUUACGGCUACUUUAGGAGCCGCAGCAUUGAUACGAAAUUGUCUUUGGUGUUACAAUCAACAUGUCAAAAAUAUUGUCUCUGCAGGUUCAAGCGAAAAAAUAAAUAAUUGUUACAAAUCCUAUCACGAAAUGGCGGAAGCUGUAGCAGAGAGGCUUCUUGAUUUACAUUGUCGUUUAAUCUCUUUAUACCUACUCAAUGAAGCUGAUUCUCUUGGUUGGAAUAGUAAUAAGUCAUUCUUCGAAAGAGAAAGAUGUUCAUUUGUAAUACAAAUGUGGUGGCUUUACAUGCAAGGAACAAAAGCAGAUUUGUGGGAAACCGUACCACCGCAAAUGGCUCAACGCGUAUUCACGGGGAUGUUAAACGAGUCUCUGUCAAUCAUCGUAACUCGAUUCAUUUAUGGUCGACCUACUUUAGCUCGAUCCGAACAAUUUUGGACAGACGCUUUCAACGUGCUAUGUUGCACCGGAUAUCUCAGUUUAGCUGCCUGCACAGAAAGUGAAGAGAUGAUAGGUGCCCGAUCUAAUAAAUUACCAACAAUUAUAAGAGAUGUUCAUGCCAAAUGUAACGAGUUAUUCGUUUGCCUUUUAUUUCGAGGUACACCAUUGGAAGAUUUGUAUCAGGUUUUUCGUAAUGGAUUGGAAAAUUUACAAGUUUUGCAACCACGACGUGGUCCUUCUCCAUGGGUACUUGUAUGCAUUCCACGUUUAUUGGGUACAUCCGAUUUAGAUGUACACAUAAAAGAAUUGUCAGAAGAUAAAAUCGUGAUUUUGGAAUUGAAUAUUCUUAGAAAUCAACCACAACCCAAUUGGUCACAAUUAAUGAAAGUGAUGUCAAUGAACAAUAACGUGGUAGCAAAAUUAUUGUUAAAUACGUUGGUACGUAAAUGCAUCGGUUUUACUUCCGAAGAAGAUAAUUUAACAAUAACGAAAGAGAAAUCAACUAACAACAAAGAAGGAAAUAAUAAAAACGAAAAAAUCAAGACAAAUUGCGGUGGAUUUUUGUGCAGCGAGUCGAGUUGUAAAAAAUUAUCAAAGAUAUCAGCGAAUUUAGGACUUUUCAGUUUGACAUAUAUUCUUGCCGUUAGCGUUAAUAAACCCGAAGAUGUAAUUAUACCAGCUUUGAAACAGGAUCCUAAUUGGGCGAAUUAUCUCGAUAGGCAGCAGGUUUGGAAUCAAUCGAGACCACCAUGGUUAAACGCACUUUUGGUACCUUUCAAAACUAUGAUGUCAGCAAUCGUAGAUACCCUUUUGGAUGCUGUCAAAACAGGAGCAAGCAUGUAUCAAGCUAUGUCUCUGGCAUUAGCUUGUUUUACCGAAUUGCACAUGACCACGCCAAUAGCAAUUUUGCGAACAGCGCUCGCACUUAACAACAAUGUACCAGCUCGUUGUCAUCCAUUGGGUAAUUCCGUACUUUUACAAAUAUUUUCCGCUGCCCUUUAUUCCAGGUUUCUCGAAAUAGCAGCUAAUAAUCCAACGGAUGUACAAAGUAGUACAGUUUCGAUAGACGUCAAUUUGGAGUCAGGCUCAUUUAAUCCUCACGAUAAAAUUGCUGCAUCAAAUGCAUUGGCCGAAGCAAUUUGUAGCAUAGACGAGGAUAACAAACACACGGCACAAAUAGAUUAUUUUUCGCAAACCAUCGAAGACAACGUUAAAGCAGUGGAUCAAAAUCCAAGAUGCGAUAAAUUAAAAAAUAUGACACGCAUCAUAGAAACUUACACCGACGAAUUGUUGCUCACCAAAACAGGAAGACAAUCUUUAAAAAUAACACACGAGUAUCUAUUAUGUGCUUCCGAUUGGGUGCUGAACGGGCUGAGAAACGGAGGGAGUUACGCACAACCGGAUUUAAUCGAUUUCUCCGAAAUUCCAUUGAAGGCAAAACCGCUAACCCAUAUCAUGUUCCACAUCGAAGAUACAGAUUUUGAUCAGUUUUUAACUAAUUACGAGUCAACGAAUUGGAAAAAAGUAUUGACAAUGCCAUUAUCCGUGAGCUUGGAACGAGCUCGUAGCCAAAUCCUCGCUCGUCCAGAAUUUAAGAACAUUGGGGAACUUUCACAGGAGGAAAGAGAAGUGGUCAAUUCGAUUAAACGGAUUUGCUCUUCCGUAAGAUCUGCUCGUUUUAAAUAAAACAACCAAAUUUCCUUAGGGAAUUGAGAAAAAUGAUUUCAUUUAUAUUCGUCGUCUUAUUUACUUCACAUUACUCUUUAAAUACAUUUUUAAGUAAAGUAGAAAUGAUUGAACGAUGUAUAUAUUGUAUAUAUAAUUCAAUUGAUUAAUUAAUAUUUUAUUUAUAUUGAAAUAAUUUCGAUCGAGGAGUUAUUAAAAAAAAAAAAACACUCUGAAACAUUUUUUUUUUUUUCUUUUUUUUUUUGCUUCGUAUUUUCAAGUUGUUUAUUAUCAUAUAGAAUUUGAAUCUUUGACGAUAACUAGAUUCUUUUUUCAUUUUUUUUUCGAAUAUAUCACUACUAUAACGUC